UUGUUAAUAGUUGAAACACGUUGAACAAUGUGAGCAACAGAUGAGGAGUACAUUGUGCCGUCCAUCUGGUGUCAAUUUCAGAAAUCUCAAUACCUACAAGGGCUGUGAACUGUUGGGUUAGGCUGUACACGUGGUCCCUUGCUUCCCACUUCUCUCGCAAACAAUGCAUAAUUAUUAAUAACACGAUGAAUGAGGAUGUGACGCCAGGAAGCUGCUCUGGGAGUUAAGUGUUUCUCUUAUGCAAAACCUACCUCGUACCCUUUCAAUUGGUAAUUCAUCAAUUUUUUUAAUAUUUCCAGGAUUCUUCAAGAAGCCACAGUUGCGUCUAACAAGGCGACAAAGAAUAUUGAAGAUGACAAAAUGAAAAAGAAUAGGAUGAGGAUACACCAGAGCACGUUGCCAUCGAAGAGGUUCAAGUGCGUGGACUGGUGUUCGACGAGAUGUGCUGAUCAUCGAGGCUUUACGUGCUCGAGAAUUACCCUCGACCCAAUUUUCCUCCUGCUGCUCGUUCUCUCGUUAUGCCCUAUAGGAACUAUCGCAAAUGCUUAACGGCGCCGCCUGAAUUUGACAGCUUUUAUAAAUAGCGCAACUGACUCUAUUGCUCUCACAGUCGAGUACACGUAGAAUAAGAAGGUUUAAAUUGGUACAGACGUGAUAUUUAAUUCAUAAAAUAUAUUGUCUUGGAUCUACCUGGUAUCGCAGCGAAAAUCAAGAAAAUAUCUAUAGGACUUCUCAUAGCAGAAUAAUACUGAGAACGGCUACCAAUUUCCAUAGUACACUGCACGUUGAAUCAAAACCACAAGAGGUGAUAUAGAAGAAAAACAACAAUCGAAUUAAAAUAGGAAAGGGUGAUGAAAAACAGGGAUGCUAGUGGAUACAUAAGCAUUGCGUAAUUUGUAAAUGUUCCGAGAGGUGUCAAGAGAAUACUCUGCGGUGAGACGGUUAGGGAUGCACGACGUAAAGAGUGAAUCUAGUGAAAUGUGAGAAUGACGUCACGGAGGUUGCCUGUCCGUGCAAAUGCGUGUUGGUAUUAUGUACACAUAAUAGUGUUUAGAUAUGUGUCAGCCUCGUGAUGGGGAUUCGUAAUGAAAGAGCUAGAGAAGGAGGGAGGUUUCGAAAUUCUAUGAAGGAGGGUGGGCUACCGGGUCAAACCAGGGUUGGCAGGGACACGGAGGUGUGUAUAUGUGCGCGCUGCUACUGGCUGCCGCGGAACUCCCCCUCAGAGUACCAGCUGCUACGUCACGUGACGUUGUAUGCCAGAGGGGUUGACGGGGGGUAGCAAGAGCCGUAUACGACGUUCAGACUAACAUAUAACACCACUUGGUACACCCCCGCGAAAUAUGCACAUCGAUUGCCCUAAAGGUCUCUUCACAACGAUUCUCUUAGGGACCGAUAACGCCUACUCACUUUGCUUACGCAGUAUGGUUCAAUUUGUCAUAAGCAAUAUAUUUAUAAAUUCUAUAGAUCGUCUCGGUCCUUGGGACAAAUAAAAUGAGCAAAGAUAAAUAUGUCUUAGUUUUGAGCCCUUUGCGACCAAAAUUGUGAUUAAAAUUAAUGAUUUUUGUAUGAAUGCUGCGUCUAGAUUUAGCGGAUUGCCGACGUUUUGCAAAUGUUUCGGUCUGAUACUGUAUCGAAGCUCCUUAGCCUUCAUGAUGCAGAUUGGAACGUUUACAAAACGCCGCAAUCUGUCAGUUGCUAAUAGAAAAUAUAUAAUGCAUAUUGGUUAGAUGAUAACUCAGAAUGGUAUAAAGUAGCCAGGGGAGGGAAGCUGGAAGUGUAGAAUGCCGAAGGAUGGAAGGAUGGAAGGAUGGAAGGAUGGAAGGAUGGAAGGUCGGAAGAAUGGAUGCGACGCGAAAGUUCGAGACGCGAUGCGCGUGCCGUCGACCAAUGGGAGAGUUCGGUGGUGAACAGUAGCGAGGGUCUCUUCGUACGGUACUCGGGUUGCCGAUGUGGUGGUGCGCACCGGUACGAUGGUGUGCCUUGGUGUUACGGUGUUGUUCCCAGGACGAGGACCAGCACGGAGUUCAGUCUGUUAUCGACGAGCGAGAGUGCGGCACGCAACACGACAACCCUCCGGGUGGCUGGCCUUCGUCAGAGCUGACCUAGAACAACCGAGAGCGUUAUACGCUGCUGGUAUACAUGGGUCCGAAAUCUACCACGCCGACCAACCUUCACACUGAGUAUAAUACCAGCUUGCGUAAUCUCAAGAGUAUCAAGUUUAAGUAAUUAGAACUCGGAUCUUUAAGAAAACCUGGAAAUUUCCCUGAGGAAGAUUCACGACGACGACCACGGCUACGAUUAUCAUCACGACGACGAUUACGACUGCAAGGAUUAAGACCAGGACAACGACGAGGACAACGGGUACCAGAAGGUGGAUUAAGAGGACGUCCAGGACGAUCAGAAAGAGGAAACGAAGACAGAGAAAAAGAGCGAGAGGCGUUGAGGAACACGCGGCUCCCGGUGGUUUCCGGCCUUACGUAUCGGCCGAGGAUCUCCUUCCGGUUGUAGGAUACGAAGAAGAAGGAGAGAGUCCGGUUUCCAGCGGGAGUAGCUUCGUCAGGAACUUCAGCCCGGGAUUCUCCAGAUCCUCACUGGCUCCUGGUCGCAAUUACUAGCGAUAGCUCGCGAGGGAGAAUAGUAUUAACUUCAGUCGCUGGACGAACAAGAGGGAGAAUCAAUAAACCGGAACUAAGGGAGAGCAAACUACCUUCGAACCUUGAACUUCGGCUUUAAUCCGCGAUUCAAUCUGUAAUUCGUUCGGUAGGAACGCACCCCCGAUUAUCUCAGGAUCCCACGUAAUUAUAAUCUUGAUACACUUUGGCGCGUCAGCGCUCACAGGAAAGCUCAAGUUUACUCCUUAAGCGGUUCGUCGAGCCGUCAAUCGAAACGACAAUAACGUAAAUAGAACCGAAGAGAACAAAAAGAACAUAAGUCAAGAGGAAGACAGCAGUUUCCUAAUAUUAAUGAACUUCGAGGGGACGUAAAUCCAAUUUAAAAAAUCAUAAAGAGCAUUUGAGAGGUUCGAUUGAAAAUUAAAGUAAAAAUAAUUUGUUAACUGAAAACCGAUCGAACUUCUACGCGUCACGGAGCUGGGAGUUAACUGGAAGACGGACGUCCGAGUCCGCUGUAAACAUCACAACUACGUUUCAUUCAGUGGAUACCGAUAAACGUUAGAGCGUACCAACCUCCUCUUCCUACCACCCGGGCCUCUCUUCUUACCUCAAUCGCCUUAUGUCGCCAUUUACCAACGACUAGAUCUGCAAAACGAAACGAUAAUCAAUCUAUUGCGCACCUUGCGCCAGUACAUAAUUAUUUUCUUACACGUGAGACGCUCACGGAAGUUUAUGAAACGCUGAGCAUCCUCAGGAUAAACAGGCCAGUCGUGUUUGUAAAUAGACAGAAACAGAAUCGGCCAAUUGUCAAUAUCAACUGCAAGCAGACAGAUCGUAAAUUUAUAUUUCAUAGAGAUAACUCUGCUCGCAUUCUUGAAGUGGACCUUGUUGGGAAUUAUUGAAGAAUGGUGGUAAAGGCAGAAAGCACGCGAAACGGACACGAGCUGGCACCCCUGAGUGAGGAAAUUCAGGGUGGCGGUAUCGGUGCUGUCGGUAGCGGCGGUACCAGUCACAACGUAACAAUAGUGGUGAGCGGAAGUCAAAAUCAAGCUGGAAGUCAAGAUGCCAAAGAAGACAACCGUGCAGCAUGGAGCGGGAAGAUGCAAUUCUUUCUCAGCAUCAUUGGCUACAGCGUCGGUCUUGGAAAUAUAUGGAGAUUUCCGUAUCUGUGUCAACAAAAUGGUGGUGGUGCUUUCCUUAUACCCUUCUUCGUGAUGCUGAUUCUUGAGGGAAUCCCUUUGUUCUUGAUCGAGCUGGGUCUCGGUCAGCGGAUGCGUCAAGGUGCUCUAGGUGCUUGGAAUACUAUACACCCCUGGCUGGGUGGUAUUGGGAUUGCCUCUUGCAUCGUCACCUUCUUCGUCACCCUUUAUUAUAAUGUUAUCAUCACUUGGUGCUUUUAUUAUCUCUUCAAUUCACUGCAGGCCGUUACCGUUAAAUUUGGAGAGACGCUCCCGUGGGCGACGUGUCCAGAGAAAAAUGGGAAGAUCAUCGAAGAGUGCGCUAAGAGUUCUGCGACAGAAUACUUCUGGUAUCGCACCACGCUGGACGUGUCGCCAUCGAUUGAAGAUGGUCAAGGUCUUAAAUGGUGGAUCGUCCUCUGCCUCUUGCUCAGCUGGAUCAUCGUAUUCUGUAUCGUCAUGAAAGGCAUCCAGUCAUCUGGGAAGGUUGUCUACUUCACCUCCAUGUUCCCGUACCUGGUGCUGACCAUCUUCUUCAUCCGAGGCAUAACGCUUGAAGGCGCUGGCGCCGGAUUGGUUCACAUGUACACGCCUAAGGUAGAAAAACUUCUGGAUCCUGUUGUGUGGCUGGAUGCUGCUACUCAAGUCUUCUACAGUUUCGGUUUAGCCUUCGGUUCGCUCAUCGCUUUUGGCAGCUACAAUUCACCAGAUAAUAAUUGCGUCCGUGAUGUCAUCCUCGUGAGCAUCUGCAAUGCAUUCACGGCUAUCUACGCUAGUGUCGUAAUUUUUGCGAUCCUCGGUUUUAAAGCCAUGAGCAACGUCAAGAACUGUAUACAAAGCAAUAUACCGCUGCUCAUCGACAGUGGUUAUAUUAAUGCAUCUGAAACCAGCCUCACUGUAGAUCAAUUUAAUCAUCUUAUCGAUACAAAUUUUACUGUGGUGAAUAUGACGACAGCGAUGUCAGGGACCGUUGCGAUCAACUGGUGCAGCCUCAGUGGACAAUUGGACAACGCUGCCCAAGGAACUGGAUUAGCUUUCGUAAUAUUCACUCAGGCAAUAGUCGAGUUACCUGGUGCACCAUUUUGGUCCUGUAUCUUCUUCCUGAUGUUGCUGGCCUUGGGUCUGGGUUCUCAAAUUGGUAUCCUGGAGGGUAUGCUCUGCGUGAUCUUCGACAUAGAUCUGUUCAAGAGAAUAAAGAAGCAGUAUAUAACGGGAGCUGUUUGUUUAAUCUGUUUCUUAAUGGGACUGAUCUUUUGUACUGGAGCUGGUGAAUAUUGGCUCAAGAUGUUUGACAGUUUCGCUGGAACGAUCGGCUUGGUGAUGGUUGCUCUCAUGGAGAUGAUAGCUGUAAUAUUCAUAUACGGACAUGAAAAGUUCACCAAGGACAUAGAAGACAUGACAGGGUACAGGCCAGGAAUUUACUGGCAGGUAACCUGGCGCUUCCUGGCACCAAUAAUAAUGGUCGGCAUCCUUGUUUCCAGUAUUCUUUUCAUGUUUCUCAAUAAGCCUCAGUAUUCUGCUUGGGAUGCAUCGUUGGGAAUGAGCACAUCCACCUACUACCCUACGUGGGUUUUGGCAAUCGCAGCGAUUAUUAUCUUAGCAGGAGUCGCACCGAUGCCUAUUGUCUUCCUACUGAGAAGAUUCCAAUGUGUUAAGCUGGACGUGGACAUCCACCAGGGUAGCAUCCGUCGUAUAGACACUACAGUGUCCACCAAAGAAAUGAUGGGAGACGUCGACCUGGACGAGUAUCACGACAGGCUCGAAGACUUUCCCGAAGAGGACGAGGACGAAGAUGAGAACAGCGACGAUGACAACAACAGUGCACCACCCUUUACAAAAAUGGUCCCUAACAAACUUCCCGAGAGAGCUUUUCAAUUGGUGAAGAUACGAUCGGACGAUGCUGAGGACAUGAAAAACGUAAAAUGGAAAAGAAGAAAUGUUUAAUGUGUCUAUCAGUACUGAAGAGGAUUAGAAACAGAGUGAAUACCUGCAGCACGUUAACCAAGGACAAUUUUCAAUUUACUUUAAUGAUUUAAUUUGGAAGUUAGAACUAAAUGAAAUGGAAGUAAUGAAACUGCCAAUGAAGGAACGUGGCACUGAAACAUAUAGUACAUCGGGCAAUAGCUUAGUAAAUAGGUGACAAAAUCGCUGAUCUGUUGGUGUAAAUUUUAUUUGUUUUUAUUUUUUUCGAAAUAGUAAAUAAUAUAUUGUAAGGAUUUUUAAUUAACGUUAACGACAAAGUCUCUAGUACCUAGUGCAUACCAAUUGCGCGUAUAUAAAUGGCCGCCGUACCCCUAAGCGAGUCAUUGACUUCGCCUUAAUUGCGAAAUUACUAAAUUCACGGCAUGGAUUACAAUUGGCCAUGAUUUAUUGACGUUUGUUUGGCUGGUCCAGCUAGUUUUAGAAUAAUUAAUUAUCCUACCGAUUUCAAGUUAGGUGUACCAGCACUUGCAGGGUUAAGUGAUUCCGACAUCUAUCGAUUCUCAAUGGUAACAAAAAUUUUUUUCACGUGUCAUUAAAGUCAGGCCGUACUCAUUUUCACACAAAUUUAUAGAUAAAUUGACAAAUGACAAUUUUACUUGACUAAUCGUUUCAUCAAAGAAUUAUAUUUUCAAAAAUUAUUGUCCUUAAGAAAAUUGCUCUUUCAAUGAUCUAGGGCUAUAGACAGGAGUUAGACAUAAGUGAAUAAGAGAAUAUUCUAUAAACAGUAAAUAACAAAGAUUGUUGUUAUUCAUGUAUUUCCAAAUUUCAGAAUAGUCACGACUGAUAUAUUUAAUAUGAGUCAUUUGACAAAAAAAUCAUACUGCAGGAUUCAUAGACUCAUUACGUACCUAGCAACCGCUCCACGUACUGUUAUUCCGAUAAAACUUUUGAAAAAUGUCUAAAAAGUUGGUACAGCCACUUCAGUGGAUUCACUAAAAACAAGCAUAAUAAUUUAGUACUCUUUAGUUGCUAAUUAUUUACUCUAUAUUCCCAAUUCAGUUGCUUAAGCUUUUUAACAGAAAGUUAUAACUGUGUCACAGUGGGAUUGAUGAUGCCACAGCCAAAGACAUGCAAGAGAAUAGAUAAACGAAACAAUAAGACGCGAAAAUUUGAGUACUCUUAAUUGCUAAUUGAUUGCUGUAUUUAAACAUGUUUAUAUUAAAAAAGAGCUAAGCCUUGGGGAAAGAUCUAGCAUUGUAGUUGCUGACCUAUUUAACGUAACCCAAUGUAGCCAUUGAUAAACCUAUUGCAGCGCCGCGUUCUUAAUCGUUAAAGAAUUUGGAAAUUCAUAUUUAACGCAUAAUAUUUUUAGUAUCGUAAAGCGAAGCUUACAUCGAAUUUUCCAAAUUCUUUCAUUAUAAGGGACUCAGAGCUUCAAUGAGCUUGGUAAUAGCUACCUUAGGCUCAAGUAGGCUAGAACUCCAAUGCUAAAAGCCUCAAGGUUGUUUCUAUUUAGAAAAAAUAUUUUAAGAAGGGCUGAAAGGACUCCGGUCAAUGGCCCGUUGGCAAUAUGUAAAAAUUGUAAAAAGAAGUAUACAUAUGUAUUGUAUAAAGUUUAAAUUCCCGAACAAAUGUAACGUAUUGUCAAUAAACUCAGUCUCACUACUAUUUUUUUUAAUGUUUAGAUAUAGCAACUAAAUAACUAGAUAUUUACUACUAUAAUAAUAUUUCGAAUCACCCCUAGAAGAGCGAAAGCAAUGAAAAAAGGGUUCCAGUAUAUUUGUAUGCUUGUUUUAAGUGAUUCCGUUGAAAUGGCUGUGCCAAUUUUACACACUUCAGUCAACCAGUAAAAUUUUACAAUUUAUGAAGUCCCAUGAGCUGCCCAAAGCCUCACGUUCGAUUUGGCCCUUUUAUGCCCUCAAAUUAUCUACUUCCUUUCGAUUUCGUUGUUAUCGACUGCGAACUGCAGCAAGUAAGGACGCGACACAGCUUCGGAUUAUUUAACGAAUACAGCCCAGCCUCAAGAUCAAAAUCUUUAAGCGAAUGCAAAAGUUUCGGGGUAGAAGUAUGAAGACAAAAGGUAAUCUGGAUGACAGUUUAUAUAUCCCAUAUCUGUUACAACUAAUCCUUCAAGAGGAAGUAGCAGAUAACAUGUCCAAUCAUUAAAUUUGAUAAGGUUACCACAAAAAUAAUUAUUAACGGGAUUCUCAGAAGCGGAACACGAAUGAUGCUGAAUAUAGUGUUGAGCUUCUGCUUCACUUUUUUCGAGGUUCGCACGUGUCGUAAAAUCGAUAUGAAAUCUCGUAGUCUCGUUAUCGGUCAUGUGACUUCUGACACUUUAGCUGUACCUAUGUAGGUACAUAUCUUACGUGUUAAGUAUCGGGUAUGUUAGUUUGACAUCUUACGUAACCGAUUUACAAUGACGCGAUCAAUGAGACGAAAUUCCUAUUUGAAGGAAUGACGUCAUUGACAAAAUUAAAUUAGGCCUAUGAAGGUCAAAUGAAAUCCCCACUGCCUAAGUAGGUAGGCUCUCGUGCUUUGAGCGAGGCGGGUGUAGAGUUGCCUACAGUGGCGUAACGCUGUCCGAUGGAAUCGACUCGGGGCGGUAACCUGCAUGUCUAUAAACCCUGUCGUGAUCACAUACUUGCUGCGUCACUGCGAGUCUGCAGCACUAGGCAGGCAGGCAGGCACACGUGCUGCGAUUUACAGCCAGACGCCGCCGUCGCACUUUUUCACUCUGGGACGUCUGAUCCUCAAAGGUAUAAAUAUAAAGAAGAGAAAAUGAUAAAAAUAAUUCGGAAUGUCAAAACAGGAAUAUAUUGAGUUCUGACGACACCAAUAAUGUUGCACCGCUCCUUCGUCUUCAGCCUCGGGUACGAGCUUUGUAAAUAUCUCUAUGAGAUUGUCUUCAUAAAAAACGAGAUAGAAAAUAUUUGAAAGAUAUUUUCGAUCGACCCAGUUUCAUGUUGUAUACUUGGCGAUUGGCGUCGUCAGUGAUUCACCCACAACACUGAUCCUACGUGAAUUUGCUAUGUUUUACUAAAAUCAACGGAUUUACAGUUUAGUGAAGAUUUCUAAGUACAUUAUCGUAUUUGCGCGUUGCGACACUUCCAACUGGAGGGGUGGGUAUUGUUUACAAGUAGAGGGCCAGAGAGUGAGAGUUUUUAACGACGAUACGAAUAAGUCAGACGAUCGAAUUCGGUAUACCGACGAAUUUUGACAUAUUUUUAGAACCAUUUUACUUGGUGAUCGAACUUUAAAGAAAUAACUAAUACUUCAUCGGUGAACCAUAUCUGCUGUCUGAUUUGGUGUCUCCAGGUGUCGAGUAAUCUUUAGUGGUUUAGGUAUGUAUGUAUAUGCUUUUAAUUGUUCCGUAAUAUAAUAUAGAGAUCGGCCGGUACGAAUUAUAAUUAAUCACGUUAAACAAAAGUGCUACGAAAUUCUUGUUAAAUCGAAUUAACCAUGUUCCAACGAAAUUUUGAUUUGCUUCUCCCGAGACGUGUGUCCUGUCGGUCGAUUACGUAACGGAAAUAAUUAUUCGAGGCGAAUAGUUUGUUUCUGUUUUUUUCGAUAAUUAUUAGCGAACAUUAAUUCGUAUGAGAAUGGUGAUAUACGAAACUACCGACGUAUUUUAAAUGCCCGAUAGUAUUUAACGGGGAGGCUGUCGAGUUUUCUUGAUCCUACAGCCAUCCCGACAUCAUCCUCGUAACCGUAGUCAGUAAUCAUAGAUUGAUCUAAAAGCAUAUUGUAUACAAGAAUUCAAAGUAUUUAAAUAAAAGAUUAUUUAUUGCCGA